CAGAGUCUUCUUUCCCUCUCUCUCUCUCUCUCUAUAUACAGAUCUAUCCAUCCGAAGGGUUCCAUUCCGAAGCUCUCCACUUUCUCUCUCUACAACAUUCUCUCUCUAGAGGAAUAUAUAUACACAUAUAGUGUACUUGUACGAGUUGUGGUGAUACAUAAGACUUUGUUCGUGAAUCACAGAGUUUGAGAUUUAGGGUUUCAAAGUUCGGAUCUUUGAUCGAAUCUUGGAAUCGGGAGCGACGGAGUGAGACUAGGGUUUUUUGGAUCGGUUAUCGUUGCAUGCUCUGCUAGAGAGCGAACAUGGCGAGUCCGUUCCCUAGUUCCGUUAGUGCUUUUCAGGUUGGUUCGUACUUUGUUGGGCAGUACUAUCAGAUUGUUCAGCAACAACCUGAUUUCGCUCACCAGUUUUAUACAGAUGCGAGCACGGUGGUUCGGGUUGAUGGCGAUUCGAGUGAGACGGCGGCAACUAUGUUGGAAAUCCAUACACUUAUAACGUCACUAAAUUUUACUGGUAUUGAAAUCAAGACAAUAAAUUCUCUUGAAUCCUGGAGUGGAGGUGUUCUUGUUGUGGUAUCAGGUUCUGUUAAAAUCAAGGAUUUUAGUGGCAGAAGGAAAUUUGUGCAGACUUUUUUGCUUGCUCCUCAGGAGAAGGGUUAUUAUGUUAUGAAUGAUAUCUUUCAUUUUCUCGAUGAGGAGGCGGUCAACCAACAUCCUGCACCCGUGUUAUCAGAAGACAAACUUGAUACUCAUCUAAGUACUUCUACUCCUCUUCUGGAUCCGCCAGCAGCUUCAGAUUAUGCCUUGGAGGUAGAGACAAGGGACUAUGUGAAUUCUGUUCACAUAGAAGGAGAUGAUCCAGAUGAUGAGUACAGUAUCCAAGAGCAACAGCAGCAGCAAGAGCCUGAGGAUGAAACUGUCGUGGAAGAAACUUCUCUAGAAGAGUUACCUGUUUUACAUCAAGAUGCGGUGAACACUAUGCAGGAUCCCCUGCCUGCUGUGGAGGAACCUGUUGGAGAACCUCCCAAACUUACUUAUGCUUCUAUAUUGCGAGCUCCUAAAAAGCAGUAUGUUCCGUCAGUUGCUGCACAGCCAUCAUUUCCUAGGAGCACCACACCUGAUUCAGAGUGGAAUUAUCCUCCGCAACCUGCUCCUCAGCAGUCCAACUAUGAUUGGUCAUAUGUGCCUGAAUCUAGCUCAGAGGCAGUGGAGGAAAGUUUAUCACAAGAAGGUGAAUCAAAAUCUGUCUAUGUAAGGAACUUGCCCUCUAGUAUUGCUGCUGCUGAUAUUGAGCUAGAGUUUAUGAACUUUGGAAGAAUCAAGCCUGAUGGCGUGUUUGUCAGGAAUCGCACGGAAGUUGGUGUGUGCUAUGCCUUUGUAGAGUUUGAAGAUGUUCAGAGUGUCCAAAACGCAAUCAAGGCAUCUCCAAUACAAUUGGCUGGAAGGCAAGUUUAUAUUGAGGAGAGGAGAGCAAACAGCAGCAGCACUUCUCGAGGAGGGAGAAGGGGAAGAGGCAGAGGAAGUUAUCAAUCUGAAGCCGUCAAAGGGCGUUCUGGUGGUAGAAAUCUUGGCAGGGGAAGGAACCAAGACGGUGGUGACUACUACAGACCAAGGGGCAAUGGUUUCCGUGGUUCGUAAUUAGAUAAAAGGGUCAUACUGCACUAAUUACAAACAUAUGGGCAUGACAGUUCACAAGUCACAACUUGGUUUUUUUUCCGGGUGAAGGCGAAGAGCUGAUUUAGGGUAUCAUUUUCCAACUGAGAACAUUUUUCUUCUCGUGGUUUUGUCAAAAAAAAAAAACAUAUAUUUAUGAUUUUGAGCGAUCACAUGAUUUGUUCUGUUCUCUCUUCCCCUUGAUAAUUGUUUUUUAUCUUGCAAUUCAAGUGGGAAUAUUUUUAGAAUUUGGUAUGUGUUCUGUUUGAGAAAAAUAUUUUGGGAUGCUGGUUUUAUAUGUGAGUGAUAUGAAGCCUUUUCGAUCUUUUCCGUUGAA